AUGGCCAAGGUAGCAGCAGCAGCUGUUCCACAGUUAAAAGCCCAGAUUGAUGCGCUGACAUCCGAUCCUACCGGCGCCCCUGGCGUGGUAUUUGCUGCAGUCAACAAGAAUGGGGAACUGAUCUUUCAACAUGCGUCAGGCAAGGUUGGGGUCGGUAAGGAUCAACCCAUGACGAUGGACAACGUCUUCUGGAUCGCCAGUUGUACCAAGAUGAUCACCGGGAUUGCGUGUAUGCAGCUGGUUGAACAGGGGAAGUUGACUUUGGACGACUCGGCUCUUGUGGAGAAACUUGCUCCGGAAUUGAAAGCCGUGCAAGUCUAUGAGAAUGGCAAGCUGGUCCCCAAGAAGAGGGCAAUUACCUUGAGAAUGCUGCUGACUCACACCGCUGGAUUCGGCUACUCCUUCUUCGACCAACGACUGAUUGAUUGGGCCGGUGCUCAGGGCCUGGACGAAUUCUCCGGCUCUUACCACGACUACCUGUCGCAACCGCUCGUCAACCAACCCGGUGAAGUCUGGGAAUAUGGAAUCAACAUCGACUGGGCUGGACAGCUCGUCGAGCGUGUCUCCGGCAUGAAACUCAAUGACUACUUCCAACAAUACAUCUUUAAGCCCAUGGGCAUCACGCACAUCAACAUGUUCCCUACCGAUGAGAUGAAGAUGAAUCUCGCGUACAUGAAUGCCCGGGCACCCGAUGGGAAAUUGUCGUUAAACCUGGAUGGGCAUUUGAAUCGGCGCCCGCUGUAUGCGACGAGCAAGGAGGAAAUAGCGGCGACGUUCCAUCAGGGUGGUGCGGGCUGUUUCGCGAGGCCGGCUCAGUAUUGUCAGAUUAUUGCCAUGUUGUUGAAUGAUGGUGUGCAUCCGGGGACAGGCCAGAGGAUUCUCAAGAAGGAGACGGUGCAGGAAAUGUUUACGAAUCAGAUCCCAGAUAUGCCGAACUUUGGGCGCCAUGGCGUCUCUCCACCCAAACUCAACCUCUCCAACCCUCUACCAGAACUCUAUCCUGAACCCCACGAUAUCCCACAAGGCUGGGGUCUGACGUUCUUCCUCCACCUGCGCGAAUCGGCCGUCCACAGUGAAGGAACAGGCUGGUGGGCAGGCUUGCCGAAUCUAUUCUGGUGGGCGGAUAGGAAGAGAGGUAUCGGUGGUAUCAUUGCUUCUCAAAUCAUUCCCUUCGGCGACCCCAAGAUCCUCGGGCUCUGGGCACAGAUUGAGGCCGGAUUGAAUCAGAAUCUGCAGUAA